AUGUCUGAUGAUGAUACCACCGAUGGGCCUCAUGUAUUGUCAGAGUCGGAAGCACAAGAUGUCCAACAUUUGCAGGAGAUAGCCGGAGGAAUAGGAUACGUUGAUGCUUUAAAGCUUUUGGAAGAAAGUUCUUGGAAUUUAGAGCGUGCUGUUCAUAAAUUAAUGGGAUUUGAAGACUCGAGUGCUAGACAUCGGAGCAGCAACUCGCGAGUGCCUUCUGUCCCUCACGUCGAAUUAGUUCCACCAAAUCAACGAGUAUUAAGAGCAAGAGAUAGUGCUCAUAGUUGGCUAUGGUCUACUGCUCUGUUGCUUCUAGAGCCAUUUCGGGUAGGAUACAAUUUAUUUGCCGGAAUUUUCAAGUUUUUCGCUUCUUUCCUUUGGUCUGACCCGCGAAGUCAAGUCACUGAUCCAAUAGGCGAUGUAAGGAAAUUUAUUCAACAUUUCAAGACAACUUAUGGACAUGCCAAUAUUGGUAGUAAUUUAACUUCAGCUGAAGAUUCCGCUGUGAAUUCAUAUCCACCCUUCUUCGAGGGGACUUAUGCGGAUGCUGUUCAAGAGGCCAAACAAAGUUUACGAUUUCUGAUUGUUUAUCUGCAUGCAGAUUCACAUGAAGAUACUCAUCGAUUUUGCAAGGAAACCCUACAAUCUGAAGAAGUUUUGCGAUUUCUUCGGAAUUCAGAUGAGCUUUUAUUUUGGGGUUGUAAUAUUGAAUCACCAGAAGGAUAUCGUGUAUCACGGACUCUUCGAGAGCACACGUAUCCAUUUAUGGGAGUCAUUGGCCUGACAAAUAUACCAAUUUCAGAAAAUGGGAUUUAUUCUGGAAGUACCACCCGAAUGGCCUUAUUAGGACGCAUAGAAGGUGCUCUAGAAUCUUCAGAAUUGGUUGAUCAGUUGAAUAGUAUAUUAAAUGAGCAUCAAACAGCCAUAGUUAAUGCUCGAUUAGAUCGGAGCGAGCGAGAGAUAAAUGCUCAGUUGAGGCGUGAACAGGACUUAGCAUAUGAAGCCUCGCUUGCGGAAGACCGUGCCAAAGUAGCUGCUCGGGAAGCUCAACAGCGGAGUGCUGCUUUAGCAGCUGAACAGCUGGCUAGAGAAGCGAAGCGCAAAGAGGACCUACAAAAUGCCCACCAAAAACGUAAACUUGUUUGGCAGCGUCGUCUACCUCCACAACCCAAGUUUCAAGAGGGAUCUACUGUACAGUUAUCAUUCAAGAUGCCACAAGGUUCCAGGGUUUCCCGUGUUUUUAAUGUUAAUGAUUCUAUUAAGAUGCUGUACUAUUUUGUGCUGUCUCAAGAAGAUUCACCGGCGGAGUUUGAGAUACAGUCCAAUUUUCCUAAACGCGUUUUACCAUGUCAACCUUCCGAAGAGUCUGAUAUAGAAGACUACAUUGACAAUUCGGACAAUAAAAUGGAUUCUGUUGAAGAAUUCGAAGUAAUUACAGACUGGCGUUCUAAAAGUCAGGAUGAUCCACCGUCAUUUCUUGAACUUGGCUUAACAAAAUCUGAAUUGUUGUUUGUUCUGAAUAAGAAUGCAUGA